AUGUUUCCUUUCAGCAAAUUUGAUAAGAAAGACUCUCGUGAAUUUUAUCCAAAUGUUAAUCAUGAAUUCGAAAAGACUAGCACUUAUAAAGCAUACGGCGAUUUACAAGUCAACGUCGAUGAUUCAUCGGAUGAAGAAGAAGUCGAUAGCAAAAUUGAAGGUUUCUCUGUUAAUGAGCAAUGGGCAAAAUUUAUCAACGAAAAGUAUCAGGAUGUGCUGAAAUGUCUAGAAAUCCAGGAUGACCGACAAAAUAAAACUGCAAUUUUUUUGUCCUUUAUUGUCAAUGCGAUUGGAACUUACUUACUUUACUCUCCUCAAAUAACACGAGCCUAUUAUUUAGAUAAAAGCAUCAACUUAGGCAAUAGUCAAAUUGCGAAGCGUAGCGAAAUCUGGGAAGGAAUUAAAGGUAUUGUACGUAGUGCAAUUAAUUCAAGUCUCGCAGUAAUUGUUGAUGAAAGUUUCAAGACAGUCACUGAUCACGAAUUGGUAGAUAACAUCGAUUCCGAUGAGACCAAGGUUAUUGUGGAAAGCAUCUUAAGAGAGGCAGAAAAGGAUAUGACAACAUUUGCCAAAUUGUUAAGUGUUAAUCGCGAACUAUAUAAAAAAGAUGGUAUCAAAUCGGAAGUUGUCAAAAUGAAUAAUGAGCUUCAAUUGUUAAUUUACAAUACUGCUGAUAUCGCUAAUAUAAAGAUUUUAGAUGCAGCUAAACGAAAUAAUAAAGGGAGUAGCAGUGUAGAAGAUCUACUUAAUGAAAGUACUGAGAAGUAUCAUCGCCGGCGAACGCGAUUAAAUAGUGUAAUUUCUAGAAAUAUCGUCCGUAAAAGCAGGCAUGAAAUUAUCGAUCGUGAUCGCUUAUUAACGGAGGUAGAGAGAAAACUUGUUGAGCUGUUACAACGUAAUCAGAACAAUCUGAUGACCAAUAUCAAAGUAAGAGAUACGAUUGAUAACAAUUUUCAGUUCCAAUUUUACGAUUAUGCCGAUAUGCUUGUAGCUGUGCGAUUGCAUAAUAGAUCACAAAAGCGAACAUUACGAAAUACGCAGCAAGGGUUGCUGAAUGAUCGCGCCAUCAUACCAACUAUAGGAACAUGGAAUUUUAGGAAUGGUCUAUCGGCUCAAGGUUGCGAAGUUAUAAAGCGAUCUAAUUACAAAAGAGUAAAUUUAACGUUGGCUUAUGCGAUUAGAUCAUACGAAGGCAUUAGAUAUGAAAUUGAAGACUUAAAAGAGUACUAUCUACCAGAAGAAAUAACUAGAAACUAUUGGGAUAUCUGCAUCGCUAUGUGCAUAAGGUCAACCGUUAAUGGUCGCGGCGUGCUACUAUUAGAGAAUUCAGACGUUAGUAAGGUGGCUAUUAGAAGAAUAAAAGAUUUGAUUGCCCGUUUAGCUUUAACCAUGUUUGGUUAUGAGGCUGCCCGCUGUCCUAGUACAAUUAUUACUCAUCAAAUGAUAUUAGAUUUGAUUAUUGAUGGUAAAUUGACUUGGCGAGAAGCAUUAGAUGGCAAAAUCAAAUCCCCAAGUAAAGGCGGUUACCUACCGAUGUCAAUGGAAAAUGCAGGAAAUCUAUGUCGAAAUAUUUAUCUUAAUUAUUACCGUCAUUAUAUGCCAUAUCCCUAUCGCUUUGAGGGUGCAAGUACAAUUUAUAACGUUGAACAUUUAGUUGAUUUCUUGCAUCGAGAAGGCGAAAUUAUUGACAUGUGGUUAGAAAAUGUAUCAAGUGAAAGGGAAGAAAUAUCCGAAUUGACAUUGCCUACGAACAUAGCAUCCGUAAUUUCAUCAAAGGCUGAGGCUUGGUGGCGUAACGGUUUACAACUACAUUUAAACUGA